GUUACAUUUCGCGGGGGUUGCUAUGCAGGUGCCCGAACACAUCUGUCAAAUUGGAAAAUAAAUUUCUUCCAGGGAUUUUUUUAGCAGGCUUUGUUUGAACCUUAGUCCAUCAAGAUGACGGCUGGUUCCAUUGCUGUGCCUACCAUUGUUCCCCUAAGGCCGCCAAUACCUGGGAAACCAAAAUCCUCAAUAGAUUCUAACACAAAGAUUGAAUUGAGCACAGAAAGCAAUGGUGCUCGAAUCUACUACACAAUCAAUGGGACAAAGCCAGAUCCCUUCCCGAAAGUGGGUCAGACCAAAUAUACGAUGGAAUACCAGGGGCCAUUUACCUUGCCGGCUGGAAAACAGACAUUAAAAGCAGUGGCAGUUUCAGCAGAUGGUAUGAGGGAGUCCAACAUUGUAACAAAGGUGUUUGAGGUAGACUACGUUGCCCAGCCAGCGCUACCUCCGGAGGAUGAUGAUCUAGAGUUCAGAGAUGAUCUAGAAAAAGAGAAAACUAUGUUAAAUGUAAAGAGAGCCCAGAAGAACUUGAUGAUGUCAUCCAGGUCAGCCUGGACAGAUGUUUCAACUGCUAGAAAUAUGACAAAUAGAAUGUCAGAUAUGGAUAUCAAGGGGAACAACUACAGACAACCAGGCACUGGUACCCGGUUUUUGAAUUCUAGGCAAGACAGGUCACCAGACAGAGGCUAUCCAUUGUCUGGAUGUACUGACCGUUCCUCCAGCCCACACAGACAUCGUCAUCUACCGGACAACACAACACAAGCCAUGAGAUUACAGAGAGAGACCGAUUUCCUCAAGUGUGUGUAUUGCUUCGCAGACCGUCCCUCGGAUCCAUAUGCAAGGUUCUGUAAUACAUGUGGUAAUUCUGUACCUGCAAUACCACAGACCAGAAUUCCUCCCCCAGAACCUGGUCAGAUGGGUACCUGCGUAUACUGCAAGACCUUGGUGCCAUUCAACACAUCUACCUGUGUUGUGUGUGAAGGUCCAAUCCCAAACCAGAACCAGCCGCAGGCCAGCAUCAGACUAUCAGAGAAGGUCGUGUGCACUCUCUGUGGAACUGGAAAUCCUGCUAACCUGUCUCAGUGCAUCACCUGUGAUACCAGACUACCAUCAACAGCUCAAAUGAAGCCAGCAUAUAUUGGUCAGUCAGCCCCACCCAUCACUGGUCUAGACAAGAAAUAUUUGAAAUGUACAAAAUGUAACCGAGUGAACAGAGGGGAGGCGAGAUUCUGUGACUGGUGUGGAGCCAAGGUCAUCGAGAAACUAUUAAAGCCAGCAGUGACAACAACAGCUUUAACAUGUUCUAAGUGUCGAGCCAAUAACCAUCCAUAUGCUACAUUCUGUGGUUCCUGUGGUGUCAAGAUUGAGGCCCCAUACAGGGUUGAUGAAUUAAAUGGCUUCAACAGGGAGGCACAGUGGUUACCAGUUAGUACCCCACUUGGAGCCCCACCCAGGCCAUCUAACACAAUAGCCACACAGACAGUUGGGUUGUUCUACCCCUCAACACGGGGUAUGGAGAAGGAGAAAGAGAAGGAGGAAGAUAAACUUGCCUACGAGAGACAGAUGAGGGAUAGGAGACCUCUGUUAACAGCUGUCAGUCCUGGCAAAGGUUACUGGCGUAAACAGGUAGAACAUGUCUGUCAGCAUAUAAAAGCUCAUGCACAGAAUGAUGCUGAAUUCAGAGCAUUGAUUGGAGAACCUAAAAUGGGAAAGUUGUUGACAUCAACAGUACAGGAGGAUGGUUAUGAACUCAGUUUGACUGUGACAUUUGCCUUGAGAGGUGGUAAAGAUAAAUUUGCUGGGAAGAAGUUGGGCAUUACAGGAGAUUAUCUCAGUUUCCAUACAGAACAGGACAAUAUGACCACAUACAGAUCAGACUCGGAUGAUUAUGAAGAGAUAAUUGAAGAUUCUCCAAAGAAAGUAGGCAAGAAAAUCAUCAAGAAGAAGAAACCAGUGAAGAGAGUUUCAAAACAGGACCAGUUACUACUGAAAGAAGUAGGACCAUCAGGGGAAGGAGAUCCUACUGAAGUUCAACAACUUAUUGAUGAGGGUUCAGAUCCAAACUGUGUGAAUAAGAAUAACAUUCCAGUUUUACAUAUAGCAGCAAAGAAUAAAUGGGCAGACUGUAUAUCUGUACUUGUAAAUGGUGGAGCUGACAUUGAUAAGAAAGGACCUUCUACAAUUAAGGGUAAUACAGCACUCCAUGAAGCUGUUAAUGUGGGACCCGCAAAUGGAAAGGUUGUUGAGGCACUGUUAAGUAAUGGUGCCAAUCAGAACAUUAAGAAUGACAAAGGAGAGUCGCCAUAUGACCUUGCAGUGAAAGGAGGUUACGAAAAUAUUGUGAAGAAAUUUGCUGCAGCUCUAGGACAAUCGCAGUUAGAUAAAAUGAUACGCCCUAAAAAUAAAGGCUAUUGAAAUGGGAUGUAGAUAGAAUCUAGAUGUAGAAAAACACUGCCAUACUAACUAGGUGAACUUGACAAUGUGAAGAAUGUACAAGAGAAUAGUUGGAGGACAAGAUGAUUUGAAAAGGGAUGUAAUGUUGAUAUUAUAAUGAAAGAAAGAUUAGUGCCAUUCCUCAUUAUCUGGAAGCGCAUUUCAAAGUACUAUUCAAGUGGGAUUAGGAACAUUCAUACAUUAGAUAAAAUAUUACUUGUAUGAAUAUUAGCUUAGCAUUGCAGAAUUAUGUAUACUUGCUUAGUAAAUAUGAGGUGUUCAUACUAGAAAGAAGAUGUAGUAUACAUGGAAAUGCAUCGUUAUUCUUUGUAAGAAUGUAUCAAAUUGAACUACUGUAGCCUUUGUUGAAGUAUUCUGUUGUGCUUGCAUUGAAGAGUUUUCAUUCUCAUAUAGGCAAAAACAAAAAUAUUGCAUACAAAAAACAUGUACAUUCUUUAGGGUGCAUAUCCUCGACCCUCUUGGUUGUUAUUGUUUUUUUUUUUGCUUCACAUUAACAGGUUUGGCUACAUAACUAAUAAAUGUAGAUUUUUUUUUUUAGAAAUAAUCUAAAAGUAAUCUUUUUAAAGAGAAACAUGAAAUAAACGUUACAGGUUAUUAAUGAUAGUGGUGAACAUUGAUGACUGAAUAUAAUGGUACAUGUUUAUAUAAAAAACAUGUAGUUAAAUUGGUUUUGCUCAUAAUGCAGAAGUUUUGGAAAAUUCAUUGAUGCCUUUAAUGUUUUUAUGAUUGUGUUUUAUACAAAGAUAAUGUACAUGGAAAUUAUUAGUUUAUAUAUGCUAUAGACUAGCCACUAGACUGAUAAUAAAUAUAUUUCUACAUUUUUCCCCUUUUUUGUCGAAUUCAGUUUCACAGAGACAAAAGCCAGUCUGUUUUUCACAGAGGAAUGAUGUUAAAAUUAUCAGACUAUGUAGUGGACAUAGGAUAUGGACUGGCUUGGUUCACUACAUUCAAUAAUAAAAAUGUAAAAAGAUGUAUGAUAGUCUAGGAGCUAGUCUAUAUAUGAUAAUAAGUUUAUGCUAUCUACACACAUUUCUGAAAAACAAUUUACUCAAUAUCUGAAUGUGUUUCUUUCAAUAGUAGUUUAUCAUGUUGUACAGGUAAUAAUGGAUUAAUAUUAGAGAAAAUAGUGCUAUUUUCCAUUGUAUUUUCUUUAAAAAGUAGAAUAUAUAGAAAAAAUACCCUUUUAGAAAAAUUUUGAAUGAAUGUGUUUUAUUAUAACUUUGUAAAUGCUCAGUCAAGGAAUUUUCAUUUUUUUUUCUAAUUUAGAAUUAAUUAUGUGUUGUUUUUUUCUCAGAAGAAAGAUUUUUUUUUAUGUAGUCUGUGUACAGUUUAGUUAUCUGUGAUAAGAUAGUGUGUAGAGCCAGAUAUAAUUGUCUUCUUAGAUUAGACAGAAUGUAAAUAUUCCAAUAAAAAUGGUCAUUUCUUGUAUUUUUUGGCUUUGAAAUAAGGCCUAUUUUCUAAGAUGUCUUACAGUUUCAAAACAAGUAAAGUGUCAGCAGUAUCUGGUUAUAUUUGUUAAUGUGUAUGAGUAGCGUUAUUUAUUAUUGCAUUAUGGUACAAGUGUAUAUUAAUAGCUCAUAGAAAUAAUAAAAUUUGUAAAUACA